CUGAUCACCGUGACAACACUGCGGUUGGCGAACACCCCUUGCCUCCCCUAUCAUGGCGGCACGUAGCGUACGUGACGCCGUUACGUCUGUCCAGCGGAGAGGGGCGGUACGCGUUCUGGUGAAACCGCAUUGUUUGUUUCAAAGGAAGAAUCUGGGCCGAGCCGCGGCCGCCGUGCGUCUACUCGGGGACAGGCCAGGACGUUCGCGCGGAUCCGAGGACAGCGGCUCACGGCUUAUCCCCGUGGCCCCUCCUCUUCCAUUCGAGUGGUCAGGGGAGGGAGUCACAACCGGAAGAUCUGGAGAGGAGGGGAAGCUUUUGUGAUCGCUCCGUGGCGGUGGCCACACAGUUCACGGUCAGGCUGGGAGAACGAUCUGUCGCCAUUAAGUGCUAGCCCGACUGUCAGCCGCAGAUCUCCCAAGAUGAGGCGAAAAGGACGCUGGCAUAGGGUUUCUGCCCCCAGAACGUCUACCUCUCCAUGUAGUAUUAAACAUUCCCCUACUCGAGAGACCUUGACGUAUGCCCAGGCACAGAGAAUGGUUGAAAUUGAAAUCGAAGGACGCUUGCACAGAAUCAGUAUAUUUGAUCCUCUAGACAUUAUUUCUGAUGAUGAUCCUACUGCUCAAGAAAUGAGUGAAUGCAAUAGUAAUAAAGAAAACAGCGAGCAGCCACCCCUGGCUUGUCUGCGGUCUAAAAGACACAAAGUGAGCAAAGCAAAGAAGAAAAGUGAAGUUCUUCCAACCACUCAUGGUCAUACGACCACGAGCACUCUUCCAGAGCCCAAAGUACGUGUCAUAGAAUGUAGCCCCCCAUCUGCUCCACAUAGGUCUGCUGCAUACUACAAAUUUCAGGAAAAGUCCUCCGAAGAGAUGGAUGAAGAAGUGGAAUACGACAUGGAUGAGGAGGAUUACGCUUGGUUGGAAAUAAUAAAUGACAAAAGGAAAAGUGAAGGCUUUUCUGUAGUGUCUCAAGACAUAUUUGAGUUUCUUAUGGACCGAUUUGAGAAAGAAUCUUACUUUGAAAACCAAAAGCAGGGUGAACAGCAGUCAUUGAUUGACGAGGAUGCUGUGUGUUGUAUUUGCAUGGAUGGUGAAUGUCAGAAUAGUAAUGUUAUCUUGUUUUGUGAUAUGUGUAAUUUAGCAGUACAUCAAGAGUGUUACGGUGUGCCAUACAUCCCAGAAGGACAGUGGCUAUGCAGGCAUUGUCUACAGUCACGGAAUACAGCUAUUGAGUGCGUAUUGUGCCCAAACAGGGGAGGUGCCUUUAAAAAGACUGAUGAUGAUCGAUGGGGACAUGUUGUUUGCGCUCUAUGGAUACCAGAAGUAGGGUUUGCAAACACAGUUUUUAUUGAACCAAUUGACGGUGUUCGAAACAUUCCCCCGGCAAGAUGGAAGUUAACUUGCUACCUCUGCAAGAAAAAAGGUGUUGGUGCCUGCAUUCAGUGCCAUAAGGCUAACUGUUACACAGCUUUUCAUGUCACAUGUGCUCAAAAGGCCGGGCUGUACAUGAAAAUGGAACCUGUGAAGGAAGUGACUGUGAGUGGCACCACAUUUUCUGUAAAAAAGACUGCAUACUGUGAUGCUCAUACUCCUUCAGGGUGUGUCCGGAGGCCGCUAAAUAUUUAUGAAGAACCAGAGUCUAAAAAUGGCAUUUGUAGGAAGGGCACUGAAAAGUCCAUGAGGUCAACAUCUAAAGUUAGGAAAAAAGCUAAAAAAUCCAAAAAAGCUGUGACUGAAACCUGUACAGUGGUACCAACAGUCAGUGUUCCGGAUAUUCCAACUCAGAGAAUAAACAAAAUAAUAAACCAGGUAUCAAUUCAACGGAAAAAGCAGUUUGUUGAGCGGGUACAAAGUUACUGGCUUCUAAAGAGACUCUCAAGAAAUGGCAUUCCUUUGCUGAGAAGGCUGCAGUCCAGUUUACAGUCACAGAGAAAUAGCCAACAGAGAGAAGAUGAUGAAGAAGUCCAGAUCUUGAAAAAGAAGUUAAAAUACUGGCAGCGGUUGCGGCAUGACCUUGAAAGAGCCCGGUUACUUAUUGAACUGAUCCGAAAACGUGAAAAGUUAAAACGUGAACAGGUUAAAGUUGAGGAGGUAGCUAUGGAGCUUCAGUUAACACCGUUGACAGUUCUGCUGCGAUCACUGCUUGAACAACUCCAAGAAAAGGACCCGGCCCAUAUAUUUGCUCAGCCUGUUAAUCUGUCAGAGGUUCCAGAUUAUAUGGACCACAUAAAACAUCCCAUGGAUUUUUCUACCAUGAAGAAACGGUUAGAGGAGCAGAGGUACAAUAAUCUGAAUGCGUUUGAAGAGGACUUCAAUCUGAUUAUUGAGAACUGCAUGAAGUAUAAUGCAAAGGACACAAUGUUCUAUCGUGCAGCUGUUCGGUUGCGGGAUCAAGGGGGUGUUUUGUUAAGGCAAGCGAGACGGGAUGCUAAUGCCGUUGGUUUUGAUGAAGAAACAGGAAUGCAUUUGCCAGAGCCACCAAAAAUUGAGCCACAGCCACAGUUUUCAUGGGAAGAUGUGGAUAAACUCCUGAAUCCCAGUAAUCGUGUCCAUAUGCCUUUAGAGGAACAGCUUAAAGAGCUGUUGGAGAAACUAGACUUAACUUUUGCUAUGAAAUCAAGUGGAUCCCGAAGUAAACGCUUAAAAUUGUUAAAGAGAGAGAUCAGUAACGUACGGCAGCUGCUGUCCCAACAGCAUGUUCAGCCCCCACAAAUAGAAUCUGGUAUUGGAAGCUUUGAAGAGGAGAACGGGUCACUAGUGGAGCAUGAUGGUGAAGAAGAUGGAGAUAAAUCUCCCCCUAAACUUGAACCAUCUGAUGCAUUACCUCUGCCUUCAAACUCGGAGACUAAUUCAGAACCACCAACCCUCAAACCAAUAGAACUCAAUCCAGAGCAGAGUAAGCUAUACAAAAGAGUCACAUUUGAUAAUGAAUUACAUAGCACUACUGUUCAGGAUGAAAUGGUAAAUGGACACAAUGCAGAUCAUUUACUUAAGGACAGUAAUCUAAGUGAUUCGACAGAUUGUGAAGUUGCGGAGUCCUCAACUGAUGUAAACAGACGUACAUCUAUUCUCUUCCGCAAAUCAAAAAGUGUAAGCCCCCAAAAGCCUGCAAAGAACAAUGAAACACAGCCAACCUCACCACAGCUAGGGCCCAAAACCUUUUUGUCUGUAGUCCUUCCAAGGUUGGAAACACUGCUGCAGCCAAGAAAAAGGUCAAGGAGCUCGUGUGGAGAUUCAGAACAGGACGAUGAGUCCCCUGUAAAGCGUUUGGAUACAGGUCUUCCAAAUGGCCUUGAAGGAGGAGACAAGAAUAAAGAUAUAGAAGUGCCUCCAGUGCGGAAGUUGGAACCGCGCAGACGAUGUGCAUCAGAAUCUAGUAUCUCCUCCAGCAACAGCAUGCUGUGUAAUCCAAGCACCUUUACUUUGCCAAAGUGUGGCAAAGGUAAACCUGCACUUGUACGACGCCACACAAUAGAGGAUCGAAGUGAGCUCAUAUCUUGCAUAGAAAAUGGGAAUUACGCAAGAGCAGCAAGAAUUGCAGCAGAAGUUGGCCAAACAAAUAUGUGGGUAUCUGCAAGUGCGUCUGCAGCCUUUCUUGAACCUUUAAAAGUGGUGUGGGCCAAGUGCAGCGGUUAUCCUUCUUAUCCAGCAUUGAUAAUAGACCCGAAGAUGCCACGCGUGGGUUGCCAUCACAAUGGUGUUGCUAUACCAGUUCCUCCUAUGGAUGUGCUAAAGACAGGAGAACAGAUGCAAACAAGAGCUGAAGAAAAGCUAUUUUUGGUUCUGUUUUUUGACACUAAAAGGAGCUGGCAAUGGCUUCCAAAAUCCAAAAUGGUUCCUCUUGGCAUAGAUGAAACCAUUGACAAGUUGAAAAUGAUGGAAGGACGUAACUCGAGCAUUCGGAAGGCUGUGCGUGUCGCUUAUGACCGCGCAUUGAACCAUUUAAGCAGGGUUCAAGGGGAAUCCGUUAGCGACUUCAGUGAUAUUGACUAAGGAAGGUGCUACGAAACACAACACGCCUCAUGUACUCUUUAAGCUUUAUUUCUAACCUCGUCCUCUGAAAGAAUGUAUUGAAGACACAA